CGUCAUCAACCCGGAAGUGCUGUGUAGACAACGCCGCCGCUGACAGCCGGGAUGGCGGAGCCGCCGCUCUUUGGACGUCAGUUACCGCUCCUCCUGGUCCUGCUCUCUGCCGCUGUGUCCCCGCUCCGAGCCUCCCUGAGGAAUGUCACCGCCGACGUGCUGGGCUCGGAGACCCGGGGAUGGGUGGCGGCCUUCGGGGACUUCAACGCAGAUAAACAGACGGAUCUAUUCAUCGUCAGAGGGGGUAAUGAAUUACGAAUCUUUUUCGCAGACCUGAAGUCAACGCCGUAUUUCAGCCCCAAAGUCAGACUCUCAUUGGAGAGUGAAGGCGCGGUGAUAACCAGCGUGGUUCCUGGUGAUUACAAUGGAGAUUCCCAAAUGGAUGUCCUGCUGACCACUGUACCCGGUGCCCAGGCCGGGACCGACCAGCCGCUGUCUGUGACUAUCUACUGGGGCAAAAACCAGACCCUCAGUCUCAAUAACAAGUUGCAGCUGAACAGCACCUACUCUGACGAGCCUCACAUCAUGGACUUUAAUGGAGACCUGAUUCCGGAUAUCUUUGGUGUCCCUUCUGGAAGCCAGACACCUCUAAUCACAUAUGGCGGGAACCUCACCAUGACCGGGGGUCUGAAUACAACGCGCUCCAUGUUUGUCCCCCAUUCCCACGCCUUCAUAGACCUCACCGGAGACUUCACUGCUGAUCUGUUCCUUACAACUUUGGCAGACGACAAAACAAGUGCUCAGUUCGAGACCUGGGAGAAUCAGGCUGGAAAUUUCUCCAGAGCUACAUCCACCGUCUCGAAGCCAAAGAACGCCAAGAUCGUCGGACAGUCCGUUUUUGCUGAUUUUGAUGGAGACGGUCUCCAGGACCAUUUGCUGCCGGUCUGUGAAGAUGACAAAUGCAUGGAAAGUGUCAUAUAUCUCAUGAAAUACGGAACCACACAGUGGGUUCCGGUGCUGCUGAAUUUUACCAAUGCAAAUACACGUUGGGCUUUUGUACCCCAGGACUCUACACAUCUCCCGUCUCUGCCCAUUACCCUCCAUAUCGGGGAUUACAACAUGGACGGUUACCCAGAUGCCCUCGCCAUCCUGCGGAAUACAUCUGGGAGUAACCAGCAAGCCUUCCUGCUGGAGAACGUCCCCUGUAAGAACAGCACCUGCUCCAGGAUGUUUGACGUCCACUGGGAGAUCCCCGACCUCAAUCAGAUAAAGGACGCGGCGGUGGCGACCUUCUUUGACUUUUACGAAGAUGGCAUCCUGGACAUCAUUGUGUUGAGCAGGAGGACCUCCGAGGACGGCGCCAUCAACGUCCUGAUCAACAACUUCGAAGCCGACGCUUAUUUUGUCAAGGUGAUAGUGCUCAGUGGUAUCUGCUCCAAUGACUGCCCACAACAUGUAAAGCCAUUUGGGGUUAAUCAGCCGGGGCCGUACAUCAUGUACAUGACGGUGGACGCCAAUGGAUAUCUGAAGAACGCGUCAGCCGGGCAGCUGAGUCAGUCGGCGCACAUGGCACUUCAGCUGCCGUACAACGUCCUGGGAUUAGGGCGCAGCGCCAACUUCCUGGAUCAUCUGUACGUCGGAAUCCCACGACCCCCAGGAGAAAAGCAAAUGCGGAGGCAGGAGUGGACCGCCAUCAUCCCCAACUCCCAGCUCAUCGUCAUCCCGUACCCCCACGAAAACCCCAAAAGCUGGAGCGCCAAACUGUACCUGACCCCCAGUAACAUCGUACUGCUGACCGCCAUCGCCCUCAUUGGGGUGUGCGUUUUCAUCCUGGCCAUAAUUGGCAUCCUACACUGGCAAGAGAAGAAAGCGGACGACCGGGAGAAGCGACAAGAGGCUCAUCGCUUCCAUUUCGACGCAAUGUGAUUCGCAGCGGUUCUUCGGAUCCCGCAGUUUAUCCCGAAGGAUGGCGUGGAAGUGGCAUAUCUGUAUAUAUCGCAUUCCGUUUUAAUUUAUUGGCACGCCUUCAGCGUGCGAUUAUUUGCGGGGGCGUCCGAAGCCAGCUAAACUUAUGUCCUGUGGUGUAUAAUUUAUUGGACGUGAAUGGGGAUUAUUUUGUGAUCACGAGAUCGGUGGGGUUCAUUAAUAGAACUGGCGCUGUCGCCCCUGGCAACUGGUCAGAUACUUUGUUUCCUUUCCUAUUCUUCAUUUGCAUAAGGGCUGGAGCCGGACGGAUUACCGUGGGCGCAGCAUCGGGCUUGGCGGUUACGCACGACUCCCAGCGUCUUUAUUUCUGAGGGUUACUCCUCUUACUUUUCUGUGAUGGUUGCACAAGAUUGACGGGAAAUAAAGUGGAUUUUUUUUUUUUUUCAUGCAGGAAACAGGUGGGAAAGUGUUAUGUGGGAUACGAUAAUUAGUAGUUGCUAGAAAAGCUUUGAUUUUAUAGAAUGUUGCCUACACACAGCCAUGCAAAUGUAACUAACUUGCUAGAAACUGACAGCAGUCCUGAGGCGCGAGGCACGGUGCGCCUCAAAACAGUGGGAACCAACCAGAGCUCAGCUGUCAUUUUUGCCACUGGGAAACAUCCGAAGUCGAUUCGCAUAAAACUUUGUUGGAAUACUGUACGGAGCGGGAGCUCCGUACAGUAUUAGAAUGUAUUGGCUCCGAUGAGCCGAAGUUAUUACUUUGCAAAGUCUCACGAGAUUUUGUGUAAUAACUUCAAAAAUUAAUUUCUACUGUAAAAAACCUUUUACCGAACUCGGGUUAGGUUCCAAGUGGUACCUUGCUGCAAUCUGAUUGGAUAACUAUUACUGACCAAUACACUAUAGCAGAUUGCAUGGAUGAUGCGGGGGCGCGUCGGGGGUAUUAUUAAUUGAUUUUCUUUAGUUUAAUGAAGGACUUGCCAAAUCGAUGUUAAUAUUAUGUAUGUUAUAUGUGAGCAGACGUCUUCUACCAUCCCCCCACUGCAAUGGGGGGGCGGGGGGCGCCGUGCCAUUGUAUAGGACCCAAGUCUUGCAUUACUAUAUACUGCACAUUCCGGAAAGUCGCUCCCGGCUGUUAAUUAUAUUGCUGUUACAAGCCCACAAGUAGGUCAGUGAUUAUUUAAAGCUCUCCAGCUAUUGCAAAACUACAACUCCCAGCAUGCCGUUUUGCAACAUUCCCAGUGGCUCAGAUGUUUACAUACACCAAGUUGACUGUGCCUUCAAAUAGCUUGGGAAAUUCCAGAAAAACAACAUCAUGGCUGUAGAAGCUUCUGACAGGCUAGUGUGACUUAAUCGGAGGUUCACCUAUGGCAGUAUUAUAAGACCUACCUUCAAGGGCUUCUUGCCUCUUUGCUUGACCUCAUUGACAAAUCACAAGCAAACAGCCAAGAUCUCAAUAAAAGAAUGGUGGACCUCCACAUGUAUGGUCCAUGCUUGGGAACAAUUUCCACACUCCUGAAGGUGCCAGGUUUCUCCAAAAAAUCAAACAACUUUGUGGAGAUGCUGGAGGAAACCAAGGGAG